ACAGUAGUGUUGCAGACCAAACGGCGGUGUCUCCUCUCUCUCCGGUGGUGUAAAUGUGCGCGGACUGGACCACGACCCACGGGCCUGUCCAUGGACGCACCACGCGCUCGCACAUCACUUUGACGUGGGUCUAAACGCAGGCAACGAAGCUUCAACGCAACACGCGCACUGGAUAAACCCAUACACUUCUCUCUGUUCAUGCUGGAUCUUUGAAUGGUGCGUUUUGAAUCGCCGGCAAGGCUGACCCCACUAAUCAUCAUCUGAGGUGUCAAGCCCUCACUCCUCCGAUGUCCGGCCCCUCCUCAGUGUGAUCUCCAUGGCUCCGGUGCUGAGUGGGGUGUGGUGGGGGCCUGAGGCGGGGGUGGUGGGCUCUGGGGCAGCGGUGGCCAGUGGAGUGGGGGUCCUGGUGGGCAGUGAGCAGAUCGUACUGGUCUGUACCCUCAGUGGACUCACCGUUCUUCUGCUGGUGUCUGUGCUUCUGCUGCUCUGUGCCAGCUGCCAAGGGCAGAAGAAAACAGCCUCUUCUCAUUCUGCAGGGGACCAAGAAAACCUUGUGAAUGGAGGAGUGUCAGAGCGGGACACUAUCAGCCAAUCAGCAGACAGUCCAGCCACAGACUUAGGGGUCAGCAGCUCACACAAUGGACCUCUAACAAGCGGUACAAUUCUGACGGACACACAGGAUCUUAGUCCCCAACCUUCAGAGGAACUGCUGUCCAGCCAAUCAGAACUCAGGUCCUCCAAGUGUCCCCAGGACCGGGAGCUGCCCAGUAUCCCUCCCACCAGUGCCCUUAUCGGGGACGGACCUCCAGCCUCUGGGGACAGCACCUAUGAGGUUGUGAAAGAGAUUGCGCCCACCUCCAGAGACGUCAGCGUGGAAGACUCACUUUAUGAAACGGUCAAAGAACUCAAAGAGCCUCCUCUCCAGCUGGGAAUCCCCAAUGGUACAACUCAUUUAACCCGGGACGAGCCCCCACACCCCCCUCCCCCCACCAGCCUUCUCAACGGACACCCCAGCCCCUGCACUCCUGAACGGGGGCCCCUGUGCACGGGGGUGGAGUACGCCUCUGUGGACCUGAGGAAGAAGAGCCGGCACAGCGCUGAUAUGGAAGCGAAGAGGCGCUCAGAUAACCAUGCGACUGCUCCUGUUCAAAAAGAGGAGGAGGAUCUGCCCCCACCUGUCCCAGAGAAGGUCCUGGAUGAGAACGAUAACCAGCCUGUAGUGGUGAACGGGCUGAUGGGGGCGGGGCAACACAAUGGAGAGUUACACUCCCCUCUGUCUCCUGCACCAGGGUUCGAAAACCACAUUUUGCCAGACAAUGAGUCUGCUGUAUACUCCACUGUUAACCAAUCAAACGGCUCUAUAAACGACGAUGACAAGGAGCAUGAUUACAGCAGCAUUGCCGAAAUCAAAGGCCUUGUCCCUGCCUCUUCCUCUAGUGAUCUGUACGCCACUGUCAACGACAUCCUGCCUCACCAGCUCCACCUAGAGGAAGACCUCGUUUUGGACAGCAAUGACCCAGGCUAUGAGACCAUCCGCAUCCCAAAGACUAGUAGCUCUGAUGACGAACAUAGGGGCAUGAUGGGAGCAGACGGAUCGGAGGUCACCAGACCAGAGCCAGAUUACGAGAGUGUGGGAGAGUUGGGAUUGGGCAGAGAAAUGUCACGACUUUGAGUUUUCAUUGAUGCGUUGGUGACCUCUCUCGAGAAGCAGGCAGGACGGUUCAGGACAUGGUUCGUAAUCAAUGUAUGUGUCCGAUUUACAGCUAGGGUACGUUUAUCAUAUCUACCAUUUGACUAAUUUAAUCAACCAGGGUGAAUGUCACUGGUACUGCCAUGGCUUGGUGUUAAAUGAAGUGCGGUACAGCCACUGGGCAUCAAUCAUGUGGAACAGUGCACUUUGGUUUACCAUUAUAUCUGACAGUACACAUCACGGACGCGUGAGCAACUCCUGGGUUGUGAACAAGAUCAAUUAUGUACAAUUAAAAGUGGCCUAUGAUGACCAAACAUGGUUUAAGGGUUUGGAGAAGGACACACUCGGUGCCUGAAGAUUAAACAGUGCCAUAUAUUCUGAUGAUAAGCAUAUUGUAGUAUUAGAAUAAUGAAAGCUGCUCUGCAAAUGCAAGUGACUUUGCAACCCCCAUUUAACACAGUAUAAAUAAACCUACAGUCCAAGCAUUUACAAAUAAUAAAAGAUUUGAAUUUUAUAUAUAAUAAUAUCCUAGUUUCAUUGUCUAGUAGUUUAUAGCUAUAUUCUCAUAUUAUUUGCUGACAUUAGCAUAUAUAUUUUUAUUUUAUGCUCUUUUAGCUUUUUGGAAUAGGCUGUUUAUUCUGACGGUAUCUAGACUCUCCAGUUUAAUGUUGCAAAGUGACUUUUGCUGAAGCAGUUUAUCACACAUCACCAUGGAUACAGUGGUUGGUCGGAGGAACAGCUCUGCCCAUGAGCUUGUGGUUAACAGUACUUUUACAUAUGAAAGCUUUUUCGGUGUUUUAUAGUCAGCAGUUUCUUUUUGUGAAGUUCAUAUUUAUUUUUUCAAAAAAACAUUGUAAUUGUAAAAGAUUGAGAAGUAAUAGAGGUUUUGUAAGUUUUUAGAGUUUUUACAAAAAACGUUAUUGAAAGUUGUAAAGGU